CAAAGACGCACACAGACCACAGGAAUUGAGCCACAGAAUGAAAACAAUGGCCGAUAUCACUAGCUCUAUGUGCCGCAUGUCACAGUUCGCGGAGUCUGCCCGAAGUUCUAGCGUUCGGGGCUCGGGAGCUAUUUGUUGAUAUCGAAAUGGGGUGUGCUCAUAGCAUACCGAAGACAGCGGCAGACGAGAUAUGUAAGGUUGAGAGAAGCGAUAGCGAAUUUAUUCCUCCACGACCGAGCCAGUUGUAUGUGCGGGCCGACGACAGGAAGAGUGGUAGCUCAAGCGAGGAUGUCAGUGAGCAGCCAGCGAAGGAGCUCCCUGGGAGGUUGAGCUGUCCGAAACCCAGUGCUGAGGAGGCUGGGCCUUUGACCGUGCGGCAGCUGCAGAUCGUUGACAGCGAGUCAGGGCCCGCUGGUGAAGCAAUCUUGGAGGUGGCCUGCAGCACCUUUGGCGUGGAAUCUGCAUGCGUUGCAGUGACGGAAGGCCAGGAGAAGGUGUUCUUCUGGGCUGGCAGAGGCAUCUGCACGACCGGCACCCACUCAGUGUGGGCGCAGCAGUUUGUCACCUGGGCGCUGGCCUCAAACAACCAUGAGGUUGCAAUUGUGGAGGAUGCCUCCACUGAUGCCAGGGUCAAGGACUCCCCGAUGGUCUGCCCAGAUGACGGCGUCCGCUUCUUUGCAGCGGCGCCUCUGGUCGCCUCGAACGGCAACUGCAUCGGCGCACUGUGCGUGUUUGACAACAAGCCGCGUGCGUGCGACGCGGUGGAGGCGUCGGUGCUGGCGGGAAUGGCAGAGGCGGCCAUGCGCCAGCUGGAGGCAGCCUGGAUGCAGCAGCACAGCCACAUCAGCGGCCUGCUGCGCCCGCCCACCGCAUUCUCGGCUGCCACCAUGCUGGUGGAUGCCUCGCAGCGUGCCUGGCGCGUGCUGCACCUCAACGCGGCCGUCUCAGCCAUGACUGGCGUGUCGGCGCACAUCGCGGGCGCUAGCAGCUUCUGGGCGCUGUUCAGCUGCGGGGAGGUGGCGGGCGAGCACCCCUGGGCCGCCUUUGCAGAGCCGAUUGAGGCCGCGCGGCCCUUCACCGUUCGCAAGGCCCAGCGCCGCGGCUCCUCCAUCCACACCUCCUUCCUCCUCAGAUUCACGCCGGUCACGAGCCCGAUGGACGAGGACGCGGUGCCGAUCGGCAUCCCCGUGACCGCAGCGCUGCAGCCCAACAGCCACCGCUACUUCUUCGUGCGGCUGCAGCCAGAGGCGGACGCUCCCGCGCCGGCCGCCUGCCCGCACGGCCUGCCCGCUGCGGGCGCGCUGCCGCUGCCCGGCCUCGAGCUUGGCCCCCUGCUGGGACAGAGCGCCUACGGCCGUACCUACCGUGGCUUCCACAAUGGCAUUCCUGUUGCUGUCAAGGUGGUGUCGAACGGGCGGCGCAACCUGCGGUACCGGGACGGCAAGCCGCUGUGUGCGGUGCUGUGCGAGGGCCUGAAGAGCACCAGCGCCCCCAUCGUGCGCACGCUGGGCCAUGCCUGCCACUACUCCCGCUCCCGCCCCGUCGUCCUCCACAAAGCCGCUCAGGACAAGGGCGGCGCGGACUGCGAGGUGUGCUUUGGGGACGCGGAGACGUGCGGGUGCCGCGAGGAGGACGGGCGGUCGCUGUGCGAGAUGAGCGACAGCGCAUGCAGCCUGCAGGACGGCGACUCAGCGGCCGCCUCCAGCCACGAGACCUGGCUCCUCCAGGAGUACUGCGGCCUCGGCACCCUCCAGGGCGCGAUAGCCAAGGGGAAGUUCCACCGCAGCAGCGGGCGCGUGGACGCGAUGGCGAUCCUGGCGGUGGCGGACGACGUCUCGAGCGGGAUGACAUUCCUGCACAGCCACGGCAUCCUCCACGGCAACCUCUCCGCCGCCUCCGUCCUCCUCGCCCACUCCCAGAAGGAUGCGCACGGCUUCAAGGCCAAGGUGUCGGACUGGGGGAUGCUGCGGGAGCUGGACACGCGCGGAUUUGCCAGCCAGCAGAAGUACCCCUCCCUCAACCACCUCGCUCCUGAGGUCCUCCUCAAGGGCACCAUGUCCAAGGCGGCGGAUGUGUACUCGUUUGGGGCGCUGGUGUGGGAGAUGUCGGCGGGGCAGCGGCUGUGGGCCGGCCUGGCCUGGCCGCAGGCAAUGGCAGCCGCCACGCUGCGCCACGCCCGGCCGCGCACUCCGCGCCACCGCUGCACGCCGGCCGCCCUCGAGUCCCUCGCCCGCCUCUGCAUGGCCUUCGACCCCGAGAACCGCCCCUCCUUCGAGGAGGUGAAGAGCAUAGCGCGGGCGAUGCGAACGGGGUGCUCCAGCGAGAGUGCGGCGGCCGACAUGCGGCUGCUGCAGAAGGUGGACCUGAGCUGCGAGGAGAUGCGCAACGACCAACUCAUCUCCCUGGGACUCGGCGGCGCCCGCGUCAAGAGCCGUGCUUCUGUUGACGGCGGCCGCAGGGGAGUGACUCCCACCCGGAACACACCGGGCGGCGGCCUGACGGCACAUCACGGCAGCGACAUGCUGCUGGACUGCGACCGUCCGGCGGGGCCACGUAAGGUGUCGCUCAAGGACGCACGUGGCGCGCCGAUGCCACGGCCGUCGAUGUCGGGGCCCAAGCCGCGGCUCAGCGCGUCGGCGCUCAUGGAGGAAGCCCUGCGCCAGAAGGAGGCUGACGCCGCGCAGUCGCCACCGCAGCCGCCGCCGCUGCCGGCCGACCACAAGUCGGCCGCCGCGAACCUGUGGCAGUUCCCGGGAGGUGUGCGCUCGCUGGACCCGGCCGCGCACGGCGAUUGGGCGCGCAUGAGCCUCUGCGAGCCGCCGCCACACAUGAAGCACCUAAUCAAUGCGGCCAAGAUCAAUGCCGUGGAGCAGCAGCAGCCGCAGCCGGCGGCGCCCCCGGUGGCCCAGGACUACAACAAGCCGUGGGCCGCGCGGCGCUCAAUAGACUGUCGCCGGUCGAUGGCCGGCCGUGGCAUCCGCACCGGGGCGGCCGAGCGCGUGUCCGGCUGCGGCCGCGGCUUCAAGCAGUCCGUGAGCGUGCCGCUGCCGGAGGAAGAGUCCCCCAUCGGGUCGCCACCGGCGGGCGGGUCGCCAUCGACAGGGGGGUCGCCCCCCUCCACCAAGAACGAGGCAGCUCCAGCGAAGCCGGCCAAGAAAGUGAGCUUCGGCGGCGGCAAGAAGGGUGACUUAGAGGAGGGCUUCGAUGCGCUGCGUCUCUCGUUGCUAGACAGUCCCAAGGCGGGGAGUCGAGGGGCGGCGCUGGCCUAUGAUGCCGGCGCCAAGCCAGCUGGCAACGAGUCGGACCUCCAGGACCUGCACUCAAUCGGCCGCACUCUGCCGCGCGUCAGGGUGACGCUGUCAAAGUGA